ACGUUUGCGGUAAAUCGAACAUUUAGAACAUAACACGAUACUCACAUAUGUGGGUUUAGACAAAUUAGAACAUUGAAAUUUUAUUUAUGAAAAAUAACUUCAUGUAUUGCUAUACUCAUACUUCAUCAGCAUAUUCUUCGAUAGUGGAAAGAGUUGUGUAAAUAAGACGAAACUUGAUUGGAGUACAUUUAGAAGUAGAAUGGAUGUGAAGGUUAAAGUGAUUAAAAAGUUCAACAAUGAGCUGGGCUCUGCGUUGAAAAAUUUAAAGGAAAUCGAACGGAUACACAUCAAAUUAGAAUAUGACAAAAGUAAAGUCGAGGAGUCUUUAUCUUUGGCUUCUUCAGAGGCACCAUCAAAGAUCCAGGAAGCUGUUCAAGAAGUUACUCAAAUUGUUAAAUGUAUAAACGACAUGAAAGAAAGUUGUCAGUCAGUGAGCUUGAGUAUUGAGGAGAGAUUGCAGCAGGAAAACAAGACUUCAGAGCUGCAAACUAUUAUCGAUGACAUUACUUAUUUAGAAAGAUCAUCCUUGUACUUACAAUUUGUUAAAUUUAUUGAAGACUUGAGUACGGAGCUAGAAGUGUCUCUACUCUCAGGAAAUGACGAAGCUUGUAUUUCAUCGUAUGUUAUUUUAAAAGAAACUUCUCAGAAUCUUGAUAGCUCAUUGUGUAAAAAUUUGAAAAAUUAUGUUGAUAGUACUUUGAAUUAUUGGUACACUGAAAUCAGAAAGAAAUUGGCUGGAGAAUAUGCAGAAAUAUUGAAGGCUUUAAAAUGGCCAUUUCUGGGAAAUAAUUUAACUACAACAACUACACCAAGCCAUGAAACCAUUGCAAGAUUUAAAAUAAUAACAGAGCAUCUGUUUCAUUUGCAAUUGCCAGAUAGCAUGAUAAAACAGCCUUCAGCGGGUUUAUCAGCUAGUUUUCCACCAGUUUGCUUACCAGUUACAUUGCUUGUACUUCCAUUGAAACAGAGAUUUUUAUAUCAUUUUACUGGUGUUAAACAGACUAAUAGACGUGAUAAACCUGAAUGGUUUUUAACACAAACACUUACUUGGAUUAGAGAUCAUUUUGAAUGGGUUGAAAAAAUGGUUCAACCAAUAGCUUAUACAGCUGGUUUUGACAAGAUAAAUGUUAAAGUUCAAUUCAUGAGAGCAUUAGUGCAGCUAGCUGUUGAGAAGCUCAACUCUGAACUUGCUAUUGUGCAAUUUGAUGACGCCCUUUUUGCUCAUACUGUUGAUGAAGCCCUUGGAUUUGAAAGAGAGCUUAGAGAAUCUCUUUUUUAUCCAGCUUCAGAACCUGCCACUGUGUUUGUCCUUACCCAAGCACAGAUAUUCGUUAAAUGGAUUACAAUGGAAAAGAAAUAUGCCACUGAAAGAAUGGAUGCAAUACUGAGCUCUGAUACAGCCUGGGCAAGAUUACCUAGUUUUAUAAAAGAUGACAUGAAAGUUACUGAAUGUGCAGAUGCUUUUCUUACUCUUCUGAGUACAAUAUCUGAUAGGUACAACCAUUUGCCGCAACCUGGACAUAGAUUGCAGUUUUUAGAUUUACAAUUGGAGCUGAUAGACGAUUGGAGGGUAAGAUUAUUGCAGCUGCUUCAUGAAGAUUACAAAGACCCACUUUUGUCUCUCAUGCCCUCAAUCCUGAAUACUCUGUACUAUGUGACCAUUAUAUUACAAGACUGGGGAGUCAGUGUUCCGUUUUUGAAAUUAUAUUUUUUCAAAAAACAAUUUGAAGAUGCAGAAGUGGUUAUGCACGAAGACGAUUUCUCAGAUUCGUUCAUAGAAGAUAGUGAAAAGGAAAUAACUGUGUUUGAUGAGGUAAUAAGCUUGUUGCAACGAUUGGAGAAUAAACUAAUGACGGAAAUUGGCGAUUUUGUAUUUAUGGAAAUAAAAGCUAAGAGUAGACCAUACUGCAAUGAAAAGUGGUUUGCUAUGUCAUUCGAUAAAGACACGAUUCCAUCAGUUACUCCAACCGGUUGCCCAAUGUUUCAAGAAGUAGCUAAUCGUUUGAAUGGCCUCAACAAUGCUCUUGCUCUACCGCUAUUUGAGCGAUCGUGGAUAAGUUUAGCAAAACGCUUAGAUCAGUAUUUAUUUGAUGAACUUGUUCUUCGAAAUCAAUUCAAUGCCGGAGGUGCUGCACAAUUGCAGUUUGAUAUCAAGCGAAAUCUAUUUCCUCUUUUUGGAUUGUAUACGAAUAAAUCAGACUCCUAUUUUUCUUUAAUUGGAGAGGCCUGCAUAUUGUUAAAUAUGCUAAUUGGUUCAGCUAUGCUUCUAAUAGAAGCUUUGGAGGAUGAGGAAGAGAAUUUAAAUAAGGAAGUUUUGGCAGAUGUCAAUAUUUAUCAACUUUCCGGUCGCAUGGCGUUAAAAGUAUUGAAAAGCAGAAUGGAUAUAAGUACUAGAUGACAAAGACUGAGAUCGCUUGAGAUCGAUUGAAUUUCGUUAUAUUUGAAAAUAUUUUUUUAUAGAUUAUUAUUAUUAAAUAAAUUUGAUCUAUUAUAUAUUUA